AAAAAAAAAAACUCGAAUUUGAGAUAAUAAUCUUCCGAGCUAAGCUAUUCAGCGAUUUCGAAAUGGAGAAAAGUUAUGAUGAUGAUGAUUCUAGUUUUCCUCAUCCCGGCGGUGGCGACGGUGGAUUGAGCAGCCCCUUUUUCUUGGAUCAUGCUGGCGAAGUUUUGCUUUCUCGGAAUCAAGAUGGUUUGUCCUGGAAAUUUUUGGAUUCUUCAGAUUGUGAGGGAACGACUUGUUUAGGAAUUAUAAAUUCUGAAGAUUGCAAAACUGAGAUCAAAUUCUCUGAUAUUUAUGCUGUGGAGUUUGCUAACUAUGGCUUGGUGCAUAGUCCAAAGUCAGGCCUUAGACAUGCCAAAGAAUGUUUCCGGGAACGCUUGUUACAUACUCAAGAGAUGUAUCGGUUCACUGUGCACGGAUUUCAAAGUUCACCAAAGGAGCCUUGUCUUUGGAAACUUGCGGCAUUUACUUUUGGGCAUAUGGAUUUGCAGACGUGCCAGAGUUGGAUGGAUCAAUUGAAUUACUCUUUGAUCAAGGAAGUGGAUAGACCAAGAAAUCUUUUGGUAUUCGUCCAUCCAAGAAGUGGCAAAGGAAAUGGCUCCAAGGUCUGGGAAACUGUUUCCAAGAUCUUCAUCCGCGCUAAAGUUAAUACCAAGGUGAUUGUAACAGAGCGAGCAGGACAUGCAUUUGAUGUAAUGACAUCCAUCCAAAAUAAAGAGCUCCAUUCAUAUGAUGGCAUCAUAGCUGUUGGUGGGGAUGGUUUCUUUAAUGAAAUUAUUAAUGGAUAUCUUUUGUCGAGACUUAAAGUCCCUCUUCCACCAAGUCCUUCAGAUAUUUUCAAUUCUGUUCAAAGUAGAGGUAGCUCCUCAGUUCAAGAACAAGGAGAUGCAGUUCAUGGGACUGACCAAAAGGAACACUAUCCUCUUCUUCCUGAUUCAGUUCAAGAGGUCAUGAAUUUCAGGACAGUCAAUGGCUCAUGUGAAGGAAUUGAAGAUCCCAAUCAUCCCUUCAGUGGUGGAAGGCCAAGAUUUGGCCUCAUCCCGGCAGGUUCAACUGAUGCAAUAGUGAUAUGCACCACAGGAGCUCGUGAUCCUGUAACAUCUGCGCUGCAUAUCAUUCUAGGCAGAAAGAUCUUCCUUGAUGCAAUGCAAGUUGUGCGGUGGAAAACGGCUUCAACCUCGACUAUUGAACCUUUUAUUCGUUAUGCAGCCUCGUUUGCUGGAUACGGGUUUUAUGGAGAUGUCAUUUCAGAAAGUGAAAAAUACCGGUGGAUGGGUCCCAAACGCUAUGAUUAUGUUGGAACUAAGAUAUUCUUGAAGCACAGAUCAUAUGAGGCAGAGGUGAUGUUUGAAGAAGCAGAUCCAGACAAUGGUAAAGCAACCACACACACGCGGAGUAAGACGUGGCCAUUUCGAAAUACCACAAGACCAGAGAAAAUACCAUGUCGUGCAAAAUGCAGCAUUUGUAACAGUAAGGCUGAGGAUGAAAAUAUUAUACGCACAACACCUAUCUCGUAUCCAGAAAAAACAAGAUGGUGUAGAACAAAAGGGAGGUUUCUGAGUAUAGGCGCUGCAGUGAUGUCAAACAGAAAUGAAAGAGCACCUGAUGGUCUUGUCGUGGAUGCACACCUCUCAGACGGUUUCCUUCAUCUCAUACUCAUAAAAGAUUGUUCUCGUCCCAAGUACUUAUGGCACCUCACCGAGCUUGCAAAAAGAGGUGGAGAACCUUUAAACUUCGAGUUUGUGGAGUAUCAUAAGACUCGAGCUUUCACGUUUACAUCAAUUGGGGAAGAGAGUGUGUGGAAUUUGGACGGAGAGAUCUUUGAGGCUCACCAUUUAUCAGCUCAAGUCUUGCGUGGCCUUAUACCUCUGUUCGCAUCUGGUCCAGAGAUAUAACAACAUGCAUGUGAAUGUGGUCCUAUAUGGACCGUUGUGCAUAGUGCAAGUGAUAAAGCUAUAUGAGACUGGAAACUAGAAAAGUAUAAUAGUGAACGUGGCAAUUUUACCAAGAAAAGAACUUAGCAAACAUAUUGUAGUAUCCAAAAAAAUUCAAGAUGUAAUGCUACCCUAUGAUCUCAUUAUUUAUGUUGUGCAGUCAGCAAUGGAUGAGUAACAUAAGUUUUUUCUUUUCUUUUAUUAA